CAGAGUACGGCCGCAAGAGCUGUCUGGCACAUUUUUCGGUCGAAGAAUUUCUGCUCUCUGGCUAGAGCGCACAUGUCCAGAUACAAAAAGCCAAUGCCAACAGUAUGAUGGCGGAAGCUUGUUUUGCUUAUCUGGCUAAGAUCUGCGAGCUUCUUCGACGGGAUGUUGAGCCCGAUACAGCUUUUUAUGUGUUGAGUUUUGCGCAUCAUGCCGCCAGCAACGUCAUGCACUAUGCGAGUGAGUCUGGAAAGACUCUCAGUCCUACGCUUGAAGGCCUAUUGCCGCAGCAUCUUGACACGAAAUUACCCUCGAAGUUUGUCUCGCCUCCAGGUAGUAGUAUCGGAACUGACAUGCUCCAAUCUGCGAUCUAUAUUGAUAAUAAGGAAAUUCUGGAAAGGAUAGUCAGUGUUGGAGGACAGCAUCUUUUGACGACCAAAGACGGGCAGGGAUGUUUCUCCGCUCCAUGGCGCAACGAGCACAGGGAGAGCGAAUGCCACCAAGGUGCUUCUCAAACAUGGAGCCGACGUGCAUGCGGUGGACAGAUACUACGGCUGGACUCCUCUCCAUAUCGCGUGCACCUGGUUUCCAUGCCGAAUAGAAAUAGCUCGAUAUCUCAUAACUAACCACGCCAAUGUCAAUGCCACAGACCGUGAUGGAGAUACACCAUUACUCCUAGUAUGCCGCAAUAAACAUCUCGUGGAAGCAAGGCAUGAGCAUGUCAACUUUGCACGGCUGCUGCUCGACUCUAAUGCCGAUAUCCAUUUCGUCAACAACAAGACAGGGAAUACGCCCCUUACCAACACUUGUCCAAUUGGCUGUAAGCCACUCGUAUCAUUCCUCAUAGACCGUGGCGCGGACGUCAACAUGUCGACGGCAAACGGGAGGACGGCACUACAAACCGCCGCAGCCUGU